GGACGUAUUGUGAAUUAAAGUUAGAAAACCAAGUCUUAAGAGGCUUGUUAUGUUUAAAGGAGCGACUUCGAUAGUUUACGUGUACCUGUUUCGGAAAGGCUUUGAUGUUCAUAUUUAGGUUGAAUGAGUAAACCAUGUCUAUUCAAACGGUUUUAGCUUUCAUAUUUACAGUGGUGGUCUCUGUUUCCAUUGUGGUUGUGUUAAUCUGGCUAGGUUGGUUCCUCAUCUUUAAAGUGUUUUUAUCAAAAUUCCGGCUCGUACGCGAACUACUUGGGCAAGGCAACGGUGAUGAAGCUCCAGUUGUAGAUCAACAACCGCAUAUGAGAGUGAAAAAAGUUCGACGUGACUAA